GCCUCAGUUUCAGCUUUUUAAACCACGUCAACUACCGCAGUUCACAACGCUGCUGCCGUUGCAAUUUCUUUCUUGUUCUUUCGCGAGUCAUAACGAAAGGUCCAAAUAACAGAAUUCACAAUGGGAACCAAACGAUCAGGAAACGCGGCUGCCGAGCAGCCCCCACCAAAGCCACAAAAUAACUUAACAAAAUGGAUAACACGUAUAGUUGUAUUGUUGUUCCUCGCUGCAACGUUUACCUGGCUCGAUGGUAUCAAGGACCGGUGGUAUGUUCUAGAGCCCAAGUUCCUCCAUGAGCUUGCGCAAGAAGCCAUCUCCGUCUCUCCAAAUGACCCCCAAGGCAUGAUCAACCACAUUCUUACUAACCUCACCUCUACGCACCCACAACUCGACUCUCCUGCCAUCUCCCUCAACAUGAACGCCUCUGAGUGGGUAUUCAGCAAUGCUGGAGGCGCAAUGGGCGCAAUGUACAUCAUCCACGCGUCCAUCACUGAGUACCUCAUUAUUUUCGGUACCCCUCUAGGCACAGAAGGACACACAGGGUUGCACACCGCAGAUGACUAUUUCCAUAUCUUAGUCGGCGAACAGUGGGCGUUCAGCCCAGGUGCACUGGAGAUGGAAAGGUACGGCCCUGGGGAUGUGCAUUUCCUCCCCAGGGGUACGGCGAAGCAAUAUAAGAUGCAUGAGGGGUGCUUCGCGCUUGAGUAUGCUCGGGGCUGGAUCCCGUUGAUGAUGCCCUUCGGUCUCGCGGACACAUUCACGUCUACCCUAGAUCUUCCGACGUUAUACCACACUGUUCGCAUCACGGGCCGAGAGAUGAUUAAGAACUUGCUUGUUGGCAAGAUAUGAUUGAUCUAAGCUAUAUGAGACACGUUGGUUUCUGACGACACCUGUGAUAUGUUAUAAUACCCCUAGCCAGAAAUCUUGCGCUGGCCGUUUACCACGCAG